AUGGAAUAUGGAACAUAAAUUUGUCAUAGAAAUGAAAUUAAAGAUUUUUCAGAUAAGAAAAAGGAUGCUUUAAAAGGCUUUCUAUUCGAAUAAAGUAAAAGUUCUUUGAUUGGAAAAGGAUUAGAAAAGUAGUAAAUAAAUGUAAUAUAUAUUACGUAAUAUUCUAUACUAUGAAGUUUCCAUUAGAGAAUAAUGUAGAUUCUGAGAUUAAUAAUUU